AUGCCAAAGGGACAGACAACCACUACCCAAAAAGCUUAGAAGGCUGCUAAAAAUGCUAGAGUUGCAAAGAAGGUUAUUAGAGCCAGAACUCAUUUCCAAAAUAGAUUCCACACUGCCAAACCUUUGGCACUUGCAAGAAAACCCAGAUUCACCAGAUUGACCAGAUAAUUGAAACCCAUUACCAAAGGUUUGGAUUUCUAAAAUGUCCUCAAACAUCCUCUCAUUACAGAAAAGGACAUGAAGAAGAUGGAAGAUGAAAAUACCAUGGUCUUCUAUGUCAAUUAAAAAGCAACUAAACCAUAAAUCAAAAGAGCAUUCUCUAAGAUCUACGAAGUCAAAGUCAGAAAAGUCAACAUCUUAAAUACCUUCGGAGGCAAAAAGAAGGCAUACAUCAGAUUGGGAGGUGAAAACGACGCACUCAAUUUGGCCAACAAAAUCGGAAUCAUCUGAGUGACAAAGUCAUUUUAUUGCAUAGUAAAAUAUAUAUAUAUAUAAAUAUAUCUAUUAUUUUUU